AUGACUGAAGAAUCAAACUUAUAUUCAAAUUCGUCAUCACAAGCUGACACAUAUUCUGAAGAAGAUAUAUUAAUAAAUUCAGAACAAGGCCAACUUAUUAAUCGUAAGCAUAAAAGUGUUGUCUUGGAGUUGUGGACGUCCUGGUGA